AUGGGCUCUCUCGCCGCAGCCGCAAACUGGACGGACGGUGCGGGCACCGCGGGCGCGGACGCCGGGAACCUGAGUGCGGCGCUCGCGGCAGGGGCGGCUGAGGCUGAGUGGCUGCAUCUGCUGGUCCAAGCCGGCAACCUCUCGGCCUCCUCUUCCGCGCCGGGACUGCCUGCUGCCUCCCCGGCGCCUACGCAGCCCCGGGCCAACCUCACCAACCAGUUCGUGCAGCCGUCCUGGCGCAUCGCCCUCUGGUCCCUAGCAUACGGCGUGGUGGUGGCCGUGGCGGUCUUCGGGAAUCUCAUCGUCAUCUGGAUCAUCCUGGCCCACAAGCGCAUGAGGACCAUCACCAACUACUUCCUUGUGAACCUGGCUUUCUCCGACGCCUCCAUGGCUGCCUUCAACACCUUAGUCAACUUCAUCUAUGCGCUUCACAGCGAGUGGUACUUCGGCGCCAACUACUGUCGCUUCCAGAACUUCUUUCCUAUCACGGCGGUGUUCGCCAGCAUCUACUCUAUGACGGCCAUUGCGGUGGACAGGUAUAUGGCCAUUAUUGAUCCCUUGAAACCCAGACUGUCUGCCACAGCAACCAAGAUCGUCAUUGGAAGUAUUUGGAUUCUAGCAUUCCUACUUGCCUUCCCUCAGUGUCUUUACUCCAAAAUUAAAGUCAUGCCAGGCCGUACUCUUUGCUACGUGCAAUGGCCAGAAGGUCCCAAACAACAUUUCACUUACCAUAUUAUUGUCAUUAUACUGGUGUACUGCUUCCCAUUGCUCGUCAUGGGUGUCACAUACACCAUUGUUGGAAUUACUCUCUGGGGAGGAGAGAUCCCAGGAGAUACCUGUGACAAGUAUCAUGAGCAGCUAAAGGCUAAAAGAAAGGUUGUAAAAAUGAUGAUAAUUGUUGUGGUGACAUUUGCCAUCUGCUGGCUGCCUUAUCAUAUUUACUUCAUCCUCACUGCAGUCUAUCAACAGCUAAAUAGGUGGAAAUACAUCCAGCAGGUCUACUUGGCCAGCUUUUGGCUGGCAAUGAGCUCAACCAUGUACAACCCCAUCAUCUACUGCUGUCUGAAUAAAAGAUUUCGAGCUGGCUUCAAGAGAGCAUUUCGCUGGUGUCCUUUCAUUGAAGUUUCUAGCUAUGAUGAGCUGGAGCUCAAGACCACCAGGUUUCACCCCACCCGGCAAAGCAGCCUGUACACGGUGACCAGGAUGGAGUCCAUGACAGUGGUGUUUGAGCCCAGUGAUGCAGACAACACCAAAUCCAGUCAGAAGAAGAGAGCAACUCCAAGAGAUCCAAGCUUCAGCGGCUGCUCCCGCAGGAAUUCUAAAUCUGCCUCCACCACGUCAAGUUUUAUAAAUUCGCCUGGCACCUCUGUGGAUGAAUAUUCCUAAAUUCAUUUCCUGAAGUGAGAGAGUCGUGUGAGGGCCUCAUGGUGUCAGCAUAAGCCCCUAUUCUCCUGUGUAGCAGUCCUGCCCUACCUACUCUCUGGAAACAGAGGGCAAUUUUGUACAGCUGUGCUUCAACUGAGGAAGGUAGAAGAGAAAUGUAACAAGGACACUAUGAAGAUAUUUGUCCCCUCAAAA